UAUUAGAAGCAGGAAAUUACUGGGGACCGUGAAGGCAGCAGGACAGGCUGUCAGAGGGAGAGAGUUCGCAUUUUGUUUUUUACACUUUCUGUGGAAGUUUAGCGAUGGAUCCACAGCCCCCUCAGAAGCCAUGGGAAAGGCUGAUCCCAGGGGCGAUGGGUGCACCUAUAAAUUACAGAUCUGCAAACUAUGGCGUAGUUCCAGGCCCCUCCGUUCCUGUAGGCCGUCCCGUCCUGACCAGAAUGUCUCCCCCGGUGCCCCCUCGUUCCGUCCAGCAAUCUUAUCGACCUUCCUACAGCUCUUUUAACUCCUCCUCUUACAGCCCCUAUGGGAGCUCCAUGUAUGGAGGCUACAGCCCAUACAGCUAUGGUGGUGGCGGCUACGGCAUGGGAGGGUACGGCCGCCCCCCUCACACGGAAGAAGUUGCCCCCAGCCGGUUCGUGCAGCAGGCGGAGGAGAGCAGUCGCGGAGCCUUCCAGUCCAUCGAGAGCAUCGUCCAGGCCUUUGCCUCCGUUAGCAUGAUGCUGGACGCCACCUUUUCAGCCGUUUACAACAGUUUCCGCGCUGUGCUGGACGUGGCCAACCACCUCACACGGCUGCGUUCACACCUCACCAGAGUUCUGUCAGCCUUCGCUCUGGUACGCACCUUGCGCUACUUCUACCGGCGGUUACAGAGGCUUGUGGGCCGAAGAUCAGACGUUGAGGUGGACGACUUGUGGGCAGACAGUGCAAGUGAUGCCCUGGCUACAAGUGCGUCCAGAGGGGAUGGAGCAGGGAUUGAAGGUCAGCCUGUGAAGUCAUGGCCCAUCCUUCUGUUCUUCGCUGUAGUUUUGGGGGGACCCUACCUUAUCUGGAAGCUCCUGAGCUCCGACCCCGGCUCUGAGGAAAGCGCCACUAACUGGGCCAGUGGGGAGGAUGACCAUGUGGUGGCCAGAGCAGAGUAUGACUUCUCUGCUGCGUCUGAGGAGGAGAUCUCUGUGAGGGCCGGAGACAUGCUCAACCUCGCCCCUAAAGAGCAACAGCCCAAGGUGCGUGGCUGGCUGCUGGCCAGCUUGGAUGGUCAGACCACAGGACUUGUCCCAGCUAACUACGUCAAGGUGCUGGGGAAGAGGAGAGGCUUGAAGCAUGCAGAGAUGGAGAGGCUUGCUCAGGUCCAGCCAGGCAACACACAGGCCUUAGUAACAGCCCUUUCUGCUCACGCACAGCCAAAUCAUGCCCCAGGCUUUCCACCGGGUCUCGGCUCAGCCUCUGCCUCAGUUUCUCAAGAGGCCCUGCUAGAUUCAGUGUACAGAGAAACCCCAGCUCCCUUCAGUGUGGGAACAUCCAACUCCAGUAUGCCCUCCACAGUGCUAAACAUCCCUGAGAAGACGGACCUGUGAUGUGUUUGCUUGGAUGCAUUUGUCUUUAUGCAAGGUUAUUUGUGUUCAUUGUGGAAUUAGUUCACGCUUAUAUAUCAUCAUUCAGAGCUUGUACGAGAAAGAAGGUUCUGUGUAUUCACUAAUUAGGGUAGAAAACUGUACUUAAGAUAAUGUCCGAUUUUAUAUUUAAUGUUAAAAUUGUUUCAUUAACAAGAAUUAGUUCAAUGUUUAAGUUAAUGAGGUGCACUGAUUCAUCAUCUAUAUACUGACGGUGUAAGAACAAAUCCAACAUCUUUUGUUUGAUACCAUAAUAAUGUUAUUUGGUGUUUGUCCCUACUUGUAGACUGAUGGUUCUCCACAUAGUCUUAUUUGUGAAGCAAAUGUGAUUGGAUUAUUCUGAAUGAGAAGGGGCUAAAUUUGCACAUUUUCAGCUUUUGGUUGGUCCAGAAAGUAAUUUUGUAAAUAUUUGAUAUAAUUAUUUUGAAAAUAAAUAUUUAAGAAAAUCA